CAGGAAUGCUGUUAAUGUGUAAGCCACAAGGAAGUCUAGAGAUGUAAGGUCCUCUGUGUGAAGCAUUUCUGAGCUAGACUGCUGGUGGCUUCCUGGCUGGUUGCUCUGCCAUCUGGGGAAGAUGUCUGAAAAAUUUGAAAUUCUCAACCUGGAUAUGAAGACUGGAGACACCCUGAAGGUCAAGGGCAAGAUAUCCGAUGAUAGUGAUCGCUUUAGCAUCAAUCUGGGCUGCAGCUCCUCGGAUCUGGCACUUCACUUCAAUCCCCGCUUUGAUGAGUCUGCCAUCAUCUGCAACUCCAAGUGCUCCAAAGCCUGGCAGGAAGAGUAUCGUGAUAACCACCUCUGUUUCUCCAAGGGCUCCAUUGUCAAGUUCACCAUUGAAAUGCUGGGAGACAAAUUCCGGGUGAAACUACCAGAUGGGCAUGAAAUAGAGUUCCCCAACCGGCACAGCUACAGCAAGAUUAGCUACCUGAACAUCAAGGGAGGCUUCAGGGUCACCUCCUUCAAGCUGGACUGAUGAGUAUAGCUUCCUAACUCUAAUAAAAACACAAGCAUUGGAACAUUGCUUGCUU